CUCUCGGUUUUCUCCCUCCCCUCAAGUUCGAUGUGCUCUGUGCUCCGAUCUCAGUGCGGGAGACGGCAUAGCUAAACAUGGCGUCGGACGGAAUGAUUUUAACAAACCACGACUACCAAAUUCGAGUCGGAAUUCUUACGGUGAGUGACAGCUGCUACAGGAACCUAGCUGAGGACCGCAGUGGCAUCAACCUCAAAGACCUUGUCCACGAUCCCUCUCUGCUCGGAGGAAUAAUCUCUGCAUACAAAAUAGUCCCUGAUGAAAUAGAUGAGAUCAAGGACACACUGAUAGACUGGUGUGAUGAGAGGGAGCUCAACCUCAUCCUGACCACUGGAGGGACCGGUUUCGCCCCGCGUGAUGUCACCCCCGAGGCCACCAGAGAGGUCAUUGAGAGAGAGGCUCCAGGAAUGGCCCUAGCUAUGCUCAUGGGAUCUCUCAAUGUCACACCACUGGGCAUGCUGUCCCGGCCAGUCUGUGGCAUCAGAGGCAAAACCUUAAUCAUUAAUCUGCCUGGAAGCAAGAAAGGAUCACAGGAGUGUUUCCAGUUCAUCCUGCCGGCGCUGCCGCACGCCAUCGACCUGCUGCGGGACGCGGUGGUGCGCGUGAAGGAGGUGCACGACGCGCUGGAGGACCUGCCCUCGCCGCCGCCCCCCUCUCCCCGCCUGGCCCCCGCGCCGGGCCCCGGCAGCCCCUGCAAGCAGACGGAGGACAAGGGCGUCCAGUGCGAGGACGAGGACGAGGAGAAGAAGGACAGCGGCGUGGCGUCCGCCGAGGACAACGCCUCCUGCCACAUCACCGCCGCCGCCAUCGCCGCCAAGGUCUGCGUGUCCGAGGGUGUGGAAGUGGGUGGUGGUGGUGUGUUGCUUUGGGCGGAUGCCAUAGCAACGAGCAUGACGUCCUAUUCCAAUCACGCUGUUGUCAUGGCGAAGGGUGGGCAGUACAUGCCCGGCCUCCUCCCCCCUCCCCCCAAACAUUUCACCUGCUCCUGUGGUGACGAGCCGAUCCCGGACUCCAUCAUCUCGCGAGGUGUCCAGGUGUUGCCGCGGGAUACGGCCUCCCUCAGCACGACGCCGUCCGAGUCUCCCCGUGCGCAGCCGUCCCGCUUCUCCACCGCCUCCUGCCCCACCCCCAAGGCACGGCUGCCCUCCAGCUCAUCCACCUGUAGUAUGUCUGAGGCCUCUCGGAGAGAGUUCAGGGCACACCUGGAUGAGGUCAUCACGCUCAAGUCAAGGUACUCUACCUUGGACCAGGUUCAGUCGCGCUGUAGCAGCAAAGAGAACAUCUUGAGAUCCAGUCACAGUGCGGUGGACAUCACCAAGGUUGCUCGCCGCCACCGCAUGUCCCCCUUCCCGCUCACCUCCAUGGACAAGGCCUUCAUCACGGUGCUGGAGAUGACCCCGGUGCUCGGCACGGAGAUCAUCAACUACAGAGAUGGCAUGGGCCGUGUCCUGGCACAGGAUGUUUAUGCCAAAGACAACUUGCCCCCGUUUCCCGCCUCUAUCAAGGAUGGCUACGCUGUUCGAGCUGCCGAUGGCCCAGGGGAUCGCUUCAUCAUCGGGGAGUCCCAGGCUGGAGAGCAGCCCACACACACAGUGAUGCCGGGGCAGGUGAUGCGUGUGACAACGGGUGCUCCCAUCCCAUGUGGUGCUGAUGCUGUGGUGCAGGUGGAGGAUACAGAACUACUGCGUGAAUCAGAAGAUGGCACAGAAGAACUAGAAGUGCGAAUUCUGGUGCAGGCGCGACCUGGACAGGACAUCAGGCCCAUUGGUCAUGACAUCAAGCGCGGGGAGUGUGUGCUGGCCAAGGGCACCCACAUGGGCCCCUCGGAGAUCGGCCUGCUGGCCACCGUGGGCGUCACCGAGGUGGAGGUGCAGAAGUUCCCUGUGGUGGCCGUCAUGUCCACAGGCAACGAGCUGUUGAACCCAGAGGAUGACCUCCACCCUGGGAAGAUCCGGGACAGCAACCGCUCCACCCUCCUCGCCACCAUCCAGGAACACGGCUACCCCACCAUCAACCUGGGCAUCGUCGGAGACAAUCCAGAUGAUUUGCUCAAUGCCCUGAACGAAGGCAUUAGCCGCGCCGACGUCAUCAUCACCUCAGGUGGUGUGUCCAUGGGCGAGAAGGACUACCUGAAGCAGGUGCUGGACGUCGACCUGCACGCCCAGAUUCACUUUGGACGAGUAUUCAUGAAACCUGGUCUUCCUACUACGUUUGCCACUCUUGACACCAAUGGACUCCGAAAGCUGAUAUUUGCCCUGCCAGGCAAUCCGGUGUCGGCAGUGGUUACCUGUAAUCUCUUCGUCAUCCCUGCUCUGAGGAAGAUGCAAGGAAUCCUGGACCCACGACCAACCAUCAUCAAAGCUCGGUUAUCGUGUGACGUGAAACUGGACCCACGGCCCGAGUACCACCGCUGCAUACUGACAUGGCAUCAUCAGGAGCCGUUACCAUGGGCACAGAGCACAGGCAACCAGAUGAGCAGUCGGUUAAUGAGUAUGCGCAGUGCCAAUGGUCUGCUGAUGUUGCCGCCUAAAACGGAGCAAUACGUGGAGCUGCACAAAGGAGAGGUGGUAGACGUCAUGGUGAUCGGACGGCUAUGAUGUCAUCUCCAGGGGACUGUCAGCAACGAGAAGAGAGAGAGAGAGAGAGAGAGAGAGAGAGAGAGAAAGUGAAAGUGGUGCAUGUCCACAUAUCAUUACUAUUCUGUAAUAUGCAAUGGCACAGCAAGUUUGUACUGAUUUGUCCAACCGAAGUUGAUUGAGGGUAAUCAGCAACUCACUGAAGCAAAUAAAUGGUUUACGGAAAUGUUAA